AUGAGUAAUGUUUGGACCGACGAUCCGGUUACCGCCGGAAUCCUCGCGUUCCACCGAAUGCCGUCGCUGGUUCCUGUGUGGGAACGGAAACCGUUAUCCAAAGCUUCGGACACGCUCGAUCCAAUUGAGCGAACGGGCGUGUGCGUCCCGAAAUCCGGUCCCAUCACUUCACGAGCGCCUCCUCUUCGGCCUUUUGUUUUGUUCGCGCGCACCGACCGACGCGGCGCGUGUGAAAAGCGUCGCCAUUUUGGUUUAUACGCGCCACGCCGGCUGCACUUGGGCGCGUCAGAUUUUCGAAAAUGGAACGCCGCCGGCUCGAAGCGGCGACGUCUCCUGCGAAACGCCGUCCGGCUCGCACUCAAAGCGCCCGGCGAUCCGAGACACUGGCGCACCAACGAUAAGCCCACGACACGACAAUACAAUAAUGGACGCUCUUUUGCC